AUGUCCGAUCUAUCAGACUAUGAGGUUAAUGCCGAACUAGCGAACACGAACGCGAAGCGACAAUUGCGCGUGAAGCCGAGGGAGCCAACUAAAACCCGCGCGAAACCCGUGCAGCCUACCAAGAAGGCGAAGCCUGCCAAAGAUGUGGCUCCCGUGCGGCAGUCGGCGCGUCUUAGACGGCAAGUCGCCGAUCCUACCGAGAGCCCCGCGAAGAGAAGGCAACACGAGAAAGAGGAAGAGGAGAGACGUGCAAAAGAAGCGGAAGAGCGCCUCGAAGCUGAGGAACGUGCAAGAGAGGCCAAAAAGCCAAGGCAUCGGGAUCUCGAUUUGCCAACAUUAACAGAUGAGCUAGGAUAUGAGGAGCUUGGCACCUUGAGAACUACACUGCAGGUUACGCUUAAGACAGCCCAUCCCAGAGAAGCAACAGCCCAAGACUCAUUUGUCUUUGAGGAAGAUGAGAAGGAGAAUGUUGCCAUUGCGGAACUCAAGGAGACCCUGAGCCACUUGAAGGUCGUAGCACGCGCUAAAGUGACUCAGGACAGAGUAUACAGCGCAGCCUUUCAUCCAGAGCCGACGAAGGACUUGAUAUUCUUUGGUGACAAGCAUGGUCAACUAGGAAUAUGGGAUGCGCGAGCCCCGGCCGAGGAAGCCGCUGACGACGAGGAAGAUACUACAGCCCUCAGUCGUUCAGACCGCGAGAAUGGCAAAUAUUGGCGUUUGCAGCUUCAUUGGCCCGCGACCUCAAAGUCCUCUAUAUCAUCGAUCAAAUUUGAUCCAACCGACGCGCAUAGUGUAUACACGAGCUCAUAUGACAGCACAAUCCGGCACCUAUCUUUCACAUCGGGACAAUCUAGUGAAGUGUUCGCGACCGAGGGUGACCUGAUCUCAUGCAUUGACCUCUCGCCAACGGGGAACGAGAUGUGGAUCUCGGAUGCAAUUGGCGGUCUGACACAUUUGGACCUACGUGUAGACAGGUCGCAUGCGAAGUGGUACCAACUAUCCGACCAAAAGAUAGGCAGCGUUAGCAUCAAUCCCAGCAACCCCCACUUCCUCGUCACAGCAUCGAACAAUCGUGCAAUGAGAAUAUGGGACACGCGGAAGCUUGCGGACAUACCUAUCAAGACGCCUCAAGACAUUAAGAAUGACUUAAAUGAGGUGGAUCAUGACGCGAUUGCGGAUUUUGUCUCGUCCCCCGAAGGCAAGAGCUGCCUUCGAGCGGAAUGGCGGCACAACAAAUCUGUCAGCGCGGCGUAUUGGGACCCAAGAGGCAGAUCGAUUGUCAGUACCAGCUACGACGAUACACUUAGACUGUGGGACUUCGAUGGUACGCUAAUGAAACGCGACGCUACAUUCCCUUCCGCAAGACCAAUGACUCAGAUCAAACAUGACUGUCAGACGGGUAGAUGGCUCACUGUCUUUAGGGCGCAAUGGUCGCCGAAUCCCGAUGUCUAUCCACACUUCACGGCAAGUCGACCAGCGAUCUUUAUUUGUAGUGGGACUAACAUGUGGAGCAGAUUGGCAACAUGGGACACUCGCUUGAUAUGUAUUCGGCGAAAGGUGACCUUCUCGCUCGACUCGCCGAUCGCAGCCGUGACCUGUUCACAUCCCAAGGUAGUUGCGCGAGCCGCGAGCGGCAACGCUAGUGGAAGAUGUGUCUUGUGGGCACCUUCAGACGAGUAG